GGUCAGAGGCGCGGGGCGCGGCGCGGAGCGGAAGGAAGGCGCCAUUUUCUAUCUGAACCCCACAGGUCGUCGUUCUCGCGUGCGCCAUCUGCAACAGCAUUCUUCUUCCUCGUCCUCCUCCUCCUCCCUCCCGAUCCCCAGAUCACGCGCCAACCCCCCCCCCCCUGUGGGAGAAGCUACAUCGAUCCCGCGUUGACUCGCGAGCAUCUAGAUCCGCGCCUGCGCACACGACGAGCUGUCCCUGCUGGGCGAGGCCUCUGGCUGCAACAAAGCUCUUGAACCAUUCGUGUGCUUGCAGCUGCGUUUUAUUAUUGCGUCCUGGAGGCGUUGGAACUGUCACGUUGUGGUUGUUGAGAGGAAUCUAUCAUCCCCGCACAGUUGCGAGGAAAGCUUCCUGAGAUGUCUAAUCUAUCAGAGCCCUCAAAAGAAGCUGCGUCAGCCGAUGGUUCAAGUGCUGUCCAGAAAACUGGAGUCUGGAGUAACACAUUGAGCACUCUUCUGCAACAAGCUUCAGUCUAUGGUGUAGCUGCUGGUUACUGCCUGUCAGCAUCUCUGCUCUCCAUUAUCAACAAAUGGGCAGUCAUGAAAUUUCCAUACCCUGGAGCAUUGACAGCUUUGCAGUACUUCACAAGUGUUGUUGGAGUUCUCUUAUGUGGACAACUAAAGGUUAUUGAGCACGAUGGCCUUAAUUUGAGGACCAUGUGGAAGUUCUUACCUGCUGCUGUGAUGUUCUACAUCUCCAUCUUCACAAACAGUGAACUUCUGCUCCAUGCCAAUGUGGACACUUUCAUCGUGUUCCGGUCUGCUGUGCCAAUUUUUGUGGCCAUUGGAGAGACCCUUUACCUUCACCAACCAUGGCCAUCACUCAAGACAUGGCUUUCACUUUCAACUAUACUUGGUGGAAGUGUGAUCUAUGUAUUCACAGACAACCAGUUCACUGUGACUGCUUACACCUGGGCAGUGGCAUAUCUUGCAAGCAUGUCCAUUGACUUUGUCUACAUCAAGCACGUUGUCAUGACCAUUGGCCUGAACACAUGGGGCCUUGUGCUUUACAACAAUCUGGAGGCUUUGAUGCUCUUCCCUCUUGAGAUGCUUCUAAUGGGAGAGCUUAAUCAGAUGAAGGUUGACAGCUCUAAGGCGACAAACUGGCUUUCAUUUGAUGUCAUUCUUCCUGUUGCUCUGUCGUGCUUGUUCGGGCUAUCUAUAUCCUUCUUCGGGUUCUCCUGCAGACGGGCUAUCUCAGCAACUGGAUUUACGGUGCUCGGUAUAGUGAACAAGCUCCUGACUGUUGUGAUCAAUCUUCUUAUCUGGGACAAGCAUGCCUCCUUUGUGGGAACAAUUGGGCUCUUGAUAUGCAUGUCCGGUGGUGUUCUCUAUCAGCAAUCCACCACAAAACCAAAGGCCCCAAAGGCUGAGCCCAAAGAGGAGAGUGAUGAAGAGCAGCAGAAGCUGCUGGAGAUGCAGCAAGAGCAUGAAAGCAGCUCAGCUCAGAAGCAAGCAUCAUCUUAAGCCUGGCAAGGAAAUUUGUCGUAGAUAUCUUACUGUCAACCUCAAGAAAGCUUCCCCGGACCAUUUGGGAUGCUUGAGAAGAAUCAUUUGGUCAAAUGAUAGUUUAUUUAUCAUGUGAGAAUCUUGACAUUCAUGCUGUUGGCAUGAAAAAUCGCACAGACAACAUAAUGUCACUCUACAAUUCUUUGCUUAGUAGUAUGCCGUAUUCAUUUGUUAGACCUGUCGUAGGGUAUCAAAAGAGACUCCUGAAAAGGCUGAAACAUACUCAAACUGAAUACUUCGUAUACAAUAUGAUGUUUAAUGGAUAAUAUAGUCGGGGUGGUUACCCAUUUCUGUGCACUUUGUUCUUCACUGUUGAAGGAAUAAUCGCUUUGCCCUCGAAUUGCCUGUAGUGGAAGAAGCACUAUCAAGGUCGCUGUUGGAGGGCA